CUCCUCCUUUCUCUCUUCGUCGCUCAUCAGACGAGCACCUCGCUCGUGCUCCAGGCCCCGCCCGGGGCGGGCAAGACGACGACGCUCCCGCUCGCGCUCCUCCUCAGCGACCCGGCGUGGAUGCGCGGCGAAGGCGGCGGCUCGAUCGGCGGCUCGAUCAUCCUCUUGGAACCGCGCCGCCUCGCCGCGCGCGCGGCGGCGCAUCGCAUGGCGUCCAUCCUCAACGAGCGCGUCGGCGAGACCGUGGGCUACCGCGUCCGGUUCGACUCGAAGACGUCCUCGAGAACGCGCGUGGAGGUGGUCACCGAGGGCGUGUUCACGCGGCGGCUGCAGGACGACCCGACGGUGAUCUUCGACGAGUUCCACGAGCGGUCGCUCGACGCGGACGCGUCUCUCGCGCUCGCGAAGGACGCGAAGAGCGCGCUUCGGCCGGACUUGAGGCUGAUCGUGAUGUCCGCGACGUUGGGGGACGUCGGCGAGCGCGUCGCGCGGUUCGGCGGGUGUCCGGUGAUCACGAGCGAGGGGAAAUCGUUUCCGGUGGAGACGAAGUAUUUGGGUCCGCCCGGGAAGAACUUCAUGGACCUCGAGAACGCGAUGAUAACCGCCGUUCGAAAGGCGUUAACGGAGAACCCCGGACCCGACGGCGGCGACAUCCUGUGUUUUCUCCCCGGCGCGGGAGAGAUCAACCGCGUCGUUCGCGACUUGCGCGACGGCGGCGGCGGCGAAAAGCUCAGCGUGAUGCCGCUCUACGGCGGCCUGUCGCAAUCCGAGCAGUCCGACGCGCUCGCGCCCGCGCCGCCCGGCGUCCGCCGCGUCGUCGUCGCGACGCCGAUCGCGGAGAGCUCUCUGACGAUCCCGGGCGUGCGAAUCGUGAUCGACAGCGGUCUGCGCCGAGCGCCGAGAUUCGACGCCAACAAGGGGACGACGCGUCUCGACGUCGUCAAAAUUUCUCUCGCCAGCGCGGACCAACGCCGCGGCCGCGCCGGCCGCGUCGCCCCCGGGACGUGCUACCGCCUCUGGAGCGAGCUCUCGCACGCGUCGCUCGCGCCGGACACGCCGCCGGAGAUCACGAGCGCGGACUUGGCGCCGCUCGCGUUGGACCUCGCGGCGUGGGGCGUGGACGACCCCGCGUCGUUGCCGUGGCUGGACCCGCCGCCCGCGGGGCAGAUGGCCGCCGCGAGGACGCUCCUGACGCGCCUCGGCGCGAUCGACGCCGCGAGCGGACGCGUCACGAGGGAGGGCGCGCGGAUGGCGCGGCUGCCGCUGCACCCGCGGCACGCGCGGAUGGCGCUGUUCGCCGCGCGGAGAGGGCCGGAGAGCGCGCGGCUCGCGUGUCAGCUCGCGGCGACGUUGGGGGAUCGGGACGUGCUGAGGGGGCGCGACGUUCCCGUGGACGUGCGAUCGCGCGUGGGGGCGCUGUGGAGCGCGAACGGCGGCGGGGGGUGGGCGUCGCCCGCGGGCGCGGGCGAGGCGACGCCGACGGGGAGAGGGGGGGGGACGCCGCCGACGGCGGCGGGGAUUGAACCGGCGGCGGGGCCGGUGAGGGUGCCGAUCGGGACGAAGCUCCCGAGCGGUCGGAAGAAAGCCGGCGUGCUCCUCGCGCUCGCGUACCCCGACCGCGUCGGCGUGCGACGAUCGAAAGGCGGCGCGUUCGCGCUGUCGAGCGGCAAAGGCGCCGCGAGCGUCCCGAGCUCGGACGUCAUGUCCAGGGAGGACGUCAUCGCUAUCGCGGAGCUCGGCGGCGGCGGCGGCGGCGACGCCGCCGCGCGGAACGACCGCGCGCGCCUCGCGGCGCCGGUGCCGCUUGCCGCGUUGCUUCCCGCGUCCGGCGACGCGCCCGCCGGGUGCCUCCACGACGCGCUGUGCGAGACGCGCGACGUCGUCGCGUGGGCGGCCGCGUCGAAGGCGAUCGUCGCGCGGAGACAGCUGCGCGUCGGCGAGGCGGUAAUUCGAGAGACGGCGUUCGCGCCCGCGCCCGAGGCUGUCGUCGACGCGAUGCUCCAAGGCGUGCGCGCGAUUGGCGUGAAGAACGCGCUGGGUUGGUCGGAGAAGACGGAGCAGUGGCGACGGCGCGUGAUGUGGUCUCGGGACAGCGGCGACGACGCGCUGCCGGACUUGAGCGACGCCGCGUUGGAGGCGAGCUUAGAGGAGUGGCUCGCGCCGAUGCUUCCUGGGGUGACGUCCGUCUCCGCGCUUCGAAAGCUCGACGGCGACGGGUUGCUUCGGUGCAUGGUGGAUUACGAAUCGUCGCGGAGAGUCGAAGCGUCGUGCCCGACGCACGUCGUGGUCCCGAGCGGGAGCAAGCUUCCGGUGGAUUACGGCGCGCCCGGCGGGACGCCGGUGCUGCGGGCGCGGUUGCAGGAGCUGUUCGGGAUGACGGAGACGCCGAGGGCGGGCGCGAAUAAGACGGUCGCGAUGGAGGUGCACCUGUUGUCGCCGGCGGGUCGACCGGUGCAGGUGACGACGGAUCUGAAGUCGUUCUGGGCGAACGCGUACCACGACGUCGCGAAGGAGAUGCGAGGGCGGUAUCCGAAGCACUACUGGCCGGAGGAUCCGACGACCGCGGAGGCGACGAACCGCGCGAAGCCGCGGAAGACGAAGUGA